AUGAAUCCAAACCCCUCCGAGCAGAAUGAUUCGGAUGAGGGCAAGGGCAAGGGCCAGGGCCGUAACGGCGAUUCUGACCCCAACUUCAAAUCUACUAUUCUGAAAAUGCUUGAAACUGCGGCAACUACGGCAGCAUCAAUUGCUAUUCUAGGCGCGGCUGGUUACUCCUAUCACCAGUACUACAAGUACCUGAUCUUGGAAAAGAUGGACAAUGCGUUCGAACCAGGUGAUCCUGCCCUCGAGGUCGCGGGUGUUGUUUCUGGGAAGCACCAGUACAGCCAUGAGGAACAUUGGGUCAUUCGCAACGAGCAACCUAGAAUUGAUGAUAUUGUAGCUGGUAAACAAAGUGGCCACUACUAUCUAAUUAUCGGUGAAAAGGGCACGGGCAAGACGUCGAUGCUUUUGGAGGCCAUGCGCAAGAUCAACGGCAACAGCUGUGCGUUGUUCGAAGCGCAUGCUGAUCUUGAAAUCUUCCGAAUCCGACUGGGCAAAGCUUUGGACUACGAAUUCCAUGAGGACUAUAUUGGCAGCCUUUUCAGCAUCCGUGGUCCGAGAGACACUACGGCUCUCUUGGACAUUGAGCGCGCCUUCAACAAGCUUGAGAAAGUGGCUCUCACCAGAAGGCGGAAUGGGUCGACUCCUCUUAUAUUGAUCAUCAACAGUACCCACCUAGUCCGAGAUGACCACGACGGACAGGAUUUGCUUGAGAUGAUUCAGCAGCGUGCCGAACAAUGGGCUGCUAGUGGUCUUGUCACAACAAUUCUUAACAGCGAUGACUAUUGGGUAUACGAGCGCUUGAAGCGUUAUGCAACCCGCAUGGAGGUCAUUCCUGUGUCAGAUCUGCCUAAGGACAAGGCGAUGAGUGCUUUGAAGAAAUAUCGCCAGCAAUUCCACAACGAGACACUUCCAUAUGGGAUCCUCGAGCAAGUCUAUGACAAAGUCGGCGGUCGACUAUCCUUCUUGAACCGUGUGGCCAAAUCUAAGGAUAUGACACAGACCUGCGAUGAAAUCUGUCAAGCGGAGAAAACAUGGUUCCUAAAUAAGUGCUGGAUCCUCGGAAUGGAGAUGGAUGAUGAUGUGAUGGACCAGCAGAAGUACGCCUCUGCUGCUAUGGUUCUGGCGAAAGCGCUGGUAGAGAAAGAGAAAGAGAUGGAGUCAAACUACCACGAAGAGCAAGGCCACAUCCUGCCAGAAAUUCCGCUCCAUGAAGCGCGCGAGAUCAUGACCCGUGCUGACUUCAUUCAAUCUUACGAUCACGAAAAUAUCUUCACCAUUGAUUCAAGAGCCAUGGUGCGUGCUGAUUCCGUACCCAUGCAGCGUGCCUUCCAAGAAAUCUGCGCCAAGGAGAACUUCGACAACCACCUGGACAGAACCUUAGAGCGGAUUGGAGAUAUCGAGAGUCUUGGCCGUACUCGCGAAUUGACCAUCAAAGAUCUCUGGAAUAAUGGCAAGUAUCGCAUGGUUGUACGGGACAAUCGCGGACGAGAGAGUGGGACAGUUGAAUUUGCUGUGGCUGAACGUGAAGGUGAAGGUGAAGAUGAAGACUAG